CCCUUCCUGGUUCUGCUGGGGCUCCUAUAUAAGGGGGCUAGCCUAGGCAUAUCCACUUCACCGAGACACAGAUAUCCAGACAAGCCACAAAGCCCACAGCCACAGGAGAGUGAGGGUAACGGGACUGCUUGCGGUUUGAAACAGGCUCUGAUUUUACCACAGAGAGAAAUCAUGAAGGCUUUCGCUGCUGUCCUCACUGUGCUUCUGAUUGUGGGGUCCCAGGCCACCUCACUGGAACAGGCCUCACCCAGGACAAAAUGGGAGGCGGCCAUCGAGAAGUUUUGGACGUUCAGCACCGAGCUGGCCCAGUCGACGCAGGGACUCGUGAAGCAAAUCCGAAGCGCCGAUCUGGACAAGCGACUGGAGAACCUGAUCUCGGACUGUUUGACCGAGCUGAACAAAUCAACGUCCGGCCUGCAAGCCCAACUGGGACCCUACGCUGACCGCUUCAGCUCGGACAUGGACGAAGUCAGAGAGCGCCUCAACCGUGACCUCGCCUCGAUGCGUUCCAUGCUGGUGACCUACAACGAGGAAGUCAACCUGAUGGUCAAGCAGAACGUGGACGAUGUGCACCGGACCCUGGCCCUCUACCUGCGCAAGUACCGCAAGCGGCUGAACAGGGACCAGGCCACCAUCAGGAGCAAGUUCCACGAGUACACAGAGAUGCUCCGGAACAAGAGGGAGCGCACGCUGAGCGAGCUCCAUGCCAUGGCGGCUCCCUUUGCCACCUCCAUGGGAGAGAAGGUCCAAGAGCACUUCCAGGACAUCCAGGAGUCCCUGGCCCAGAAGGCGAAGGAGGUGAGGUCCAAGGCUGAGGAGCUGCAGGAGCACCUCGCGGAUAACACCGAGGACCUCCGAGCCUCCCUCCGCCAAAAGAUGGAGGAACUCGGCAUCUGGUUCGAGACCGAGGCCCAGCAGAUCUCUCAGCGUUUCAGUGACCUCCUCGAUUACCUCCAGCGGCAAGUGGGCAGCACUGAGAGUGCUGAGACAACUCAGCAAGAGCCGGCCCAACCUUAAACCUUUAACCUCUCACCUCUCCCUCAGCCACUGAGUGACAAUCCCAGCAUCCUCGUCUUCCCUUUCACAUCCCCCUCCCCCAACACACCCCUGCUUAGACUACGCUCAUGAUUUUCCUGGUGGGAAUACACAUGGCUCUCCCUGUUCGGACACACUUGUUUGCACCCUUCAAUGGUCACACUUGUAUUGAAUUGACAAGCAUGUGGUCUCACUAAGGUUUAAGCUUAAGAGUCUUUCGGUCGUGGGUUCCUGCUCAUGAAUAUUUACAGUCUGAUCAUUCCACUUUAAGACAAAUGCAGAUAGAAGCUUAGAACAAAAGUAUUGAGCUAUCCCUGAGGGGAGGGACAAUUUCCUUCUCUCGUUCUGUGUUAACAGCACCGUAACCACAACAAGCCGUUUUCCCUCGCUCAUUCUGAGUUAACAGCAAUGUAAAUACAACGGGAAGAUUUCCCCCUCCCUUAUUUUCAGUGAUUUCUGUUUGAAUGUGUUUACAAUGUUGUUACUAUGAGUGAAAUGACAUGCUGUCUUCUGUGCAGGUCUCUCCUCAGUAUUAACAGCAAGAACUGAACAGGGUAGAAGGGCUAUGCUCUCCAUUCUCGAAUCCUUCACUUUAGGAUCAAAUUGAUUAACUGGGAUGAAUUUAUCUUGUUCUGGGUGCUUCCUAUUUAUCAAUUUUCUGAAAUCUUGCUGUAACAUUGCUGCUUAGGUGAUAACAGGACCACAAUAUUGUUUAUGGUCACUUAACUAACUCAAUAAAGAAUUCUUUUUGAAUGCU